AGUCCGCUUGGCUCCCCGUCCCUUCCUUCCCGCUCGGCCGACGGCUUCUGCUGACCGCCGGGCCCGGACGGGCUGCUGGCCUUGGGCAUCCGGCCCGCGUCCCUGCUGCCAGCACGAGCUGAGCUGCGGGAGCAGAAUGCUGUCACGCAGCAGAGACUUGGAGAGAGGCCACGCAGGAGCGGUCAUUGCGCCAGAGGUGUUGAGAGAGACGCUGAGCAACACUGGAAAUGAAGCUGCCCACGCACUGAGUGAAGGCUGUCCUGUCAGCAGAGAUGUUAAAACUGAACAGAAAGCCAUCAACUGUACAUCCAGAGCAGAUCAACGGGAUGAGCAAAAAUUGGUUGGUGAUCACAAGUCAGUAACCAGCUCAUUCAGUCAAAAGACAGAAGAAAAAGGGGGCUGUGUGAGAAUGACAAAAAAGAUUCUGCAAGACAUUUGUAAGCAGCAAAAGUUGUACUUGACCCCAUCCUUAAAUGAUACGCUUUACUUGCAUUAUAAAGGAUUUGACCGCUUGGAGAAUCUUGAAGAGUACACUGGGCUGAGGUGUUUGUGGCUGGAAUGCAAUGGCUUAACAAAAAUUGAGAAUUUGGAGGCUCUGACAGAGUUGCGCUGCCUCUACUUGCAGCUCAAUUUAAUUAACAGAAUCGAAAACCUGGAGUCCUUACAAAAGCUGGAUUCCCUCAAUCUGAGUAACAACUAUGUCAAGACCAUUGAGAAUCUCUCUUGUCUAAAAAUCCUGAACACUCUGCAGAUUGCUCACAAUAAGUUAGAAACAGUGGAAGACAUACAACACUUGCAAGAAUGUCCAAGUAUUUCUGUUCUCGAUCUUUCCCACAACAACUUAAGUGAUCCAAAUAUUGUAACUGUUCUGGAGACAAUGCCUAAUUUGCAUGUGCUGAAUUUAAUGGGAAAUCAAGUGAUUAAGAAAAUCACUAAUUAUAGAAAAACACUUACUGUUCGACUGAAACAGCUAACGUAUCUGGAUGACAGACCAGUAUUCCCAAAGGAUAGAGCCUGUGCAGAAGCCUGGGCUGUUGGAGGGCUUGAAGCUGAGAAGGCAGAAAGGGAAAAAUGGGAAACUAGAGAGAGAAAAAAGAUCCAAGAUAGCAUUGAUGCUUUAGCUGCAAUCAGGCAAAAAGCAUUGGAAAAGAAGACACAGAAAUAUAUAGAAGAAAGAGAUGCAGUUGCAAAACAUGGAAAUGAAGGUGCAACAGACAUCAUAGAAGGAGCAUCUGCAAAUUCAGGUAACGAAGAAAAUUACAGUGCAUCAGAGAUAUCAAAUUUAUCAGAACAGCAAGAACCUCAAGAGAAGACAGAGAAAUUUGGAAAUGAAAAUUUUGAUGCUCAUGAUGAUGUGAGAACGCUCCUAAUAGACAGAGGAGAUCUUCCAAUACAGAAGACAGCUUCUGAAAGGGCUGUGGUUCCUGAACUGGCUGAGUGUGCUGAAAUCGAGCAGAUCAAAUGUGAGACACCAGAGAAACUUCGACUUGGUGAACUACCUGAUUUAGAAGACACAGAUGUAAAGGAAUUUCCUCCAGAAGAGGAAAUAUUUAUUCAAAAGCAAGAAUAUCACCCAAAGAUUGAAAUAAUUUCUGAAACGACAAAUGAUGGUGAUUCUGCAUUAGAGGAAAGCAAUAAAAACACAUUUGAGGACUCAGUAGGAGAAGCUGCAACAUCCAUUUUUUCAAAUGUGCAUAAGAUCCAUAAAGAGCAAGAAAAGGAGUGCUUGAGACCCCUUGUUAAAGAAUUCUUCACAGAGCCUUCUUAUUCAGAAGAAGACAAACCAGCUAAGCCCAGUAAAGUCUUGGUACAGGAGAUUACCCCCCAACCUCCUAAUAACCUACUGUUGUCAUCAGUCUGCAGUCAGCCAGAUGACCCCAGCCAACAGGAAGGGGGCAGAAAGAUCACCAUUGCUUGCUCUGGGAGUAGUAGUGGUGGAGGAGUACAGCUGCUGGCUGAAGGUGAGGAGUGUUCUCAUGAACCCCAUGACGACACGGACAGUGAGAGGGGAUUAGACUGAUGGCUUUCAGUACAACAGAUCAUAUCUGGAGCAUCAUGCCUGGCUGACUGCAUACGGCUGCUCUCAAGAUGCAAAGCUCAGCAAUGGAACUGCUUGUUAAAACAGACCUUACACUUAUUAUAAAAACCCAGUGCCUCAAACAAGAGUAUUUCAGUCAUUCAGCACUGAUGUUGCUCCAACACGUGACCUUCAGGGCAGGUAAGGAGUGCCUCGUGUUCCCCCUUCCAAAGGUGCUCCUCUCUGGGGCAGCUUUCCAGCUGUACUACCAGUAGAAGUGAGGGCACUUGUGUUUUAAGGUUAAAUUCUACUCUGUCAUGUCCUUUCCUUUCCAUUGCAUCCUUCUAGAAAUGUUUCUUCUGUAACUUAUGGUUUGUUACUUAGUUUCAAUCCAUAUUGCAACAUGUUUCUGUCAUUUGAACUAAAUAAAUAUUCUACUUGU